UCGUGUAAUUUAAGUUAUCAUUAAAUUGUCUAUCAAAACUUGUCAAAUGGAUGAUGUUAUCAUUAGCAAUAUCAAUAAUAAAUUUAAAUCGGCGUUAUCUAUUCAAGAAGCUCCUUUCAAAUGGUUUAUUUAGACGUUCUAUUUAUGAAGUGUGAGUGCUUAUUGAAUCUACAAUGACAAGAGACUUUAAAUGGACAGUAAAAUGUGAAGUGAUAAUACUUUUUGUCCACCUGUUAACCAGUGUUUCUACUGCAGAGAAGUUUUCAUAUCAGAGCACCGACAUUGCCAAUGAGCCUGAUAACAGACUGUUGCUAUUCUCCACGCUUGAUGGCUACUUAGUUGGAGUGGAGCAACAAACUGGGGCCAUAAGAUGGAAAAUAAAAGAUGAACCAGUAGUGUCAGUACCAUUAGAUCAUAAUAACUUAGUAGUACCAUUCUUUCUACCUGACCCUAAAGAUGGAUCAUUGUAUGUGGUUGGUAAUCCUAAAGAACCCAUUAAAAAACUGUCUUUUACUAUUCCACAACUGGUUGCAUCAUCUCCCUGUAGAAGCUCAGACGGUAUUUUGUAUACAGGAAAAAAGGCUGACUCCUUGUUUAUGCUGAAUCCUAAAACUGGUAACAAGCAUCGAGUGUUUGGUUGGGACACAACUGCUUCAACAUGUCCCAAAGAAAGCCCAGGAAAUUCAGUUUAUGUAGGCAGAACUCAGUAUUCCAUCAUUAUGAUGGACAGUCAAAAUUUAGAGAGAAAAUGGAAUGUUUCAUUCUAUGAUUAUUCAGCUAAUCCCAUGAGCAAAGAGCAUUUAAAUAAUUAUGAAUUGGCAAUUUUUACAUCAUCUUCGUCUGGAAAAAUAACGUGUAUGAACAGAAUAAGGGGCUCCUAUGUUUGGGACAUUGAUCUUGAAAGCCCUGUAGUUGCAGCUUAUCUUUUAGACCCUAGUGGAUUAGUAGCAGUUCCUACUACAAGUUUGGCUAAUCACACUUUAUCUCAUUUGACUUCGUAUCUUGAUGAACCCUCUCAACCUGCUUCAAUAAAACUUUAUCCGACUUUGUACAUAGGAGAACAUACAACUGGUCUGUAUGCGAUUCCGUCACUUGUAGACGAAAAUUUGGUCACUAUAACUGCAUCUGACGGAGGCCCGUUGCUACUCGGUGCUUAUGGGAAUCCCGACUAUCCUCGUCCCAUUUCAGGAAAAAACUAUCGUCUAUCAGACAGUCCCACGUCGCUUCAACUAAAUCCUGAACCUAUUCUGUAUUUGGGACACUACAAUGUUCCAGCAUUUAGUUCCUGCAAGCUACAAAUACCUUAUAGAAAUAAUGGAAGACAAUUGAUUACUGAUGAAAGUUAUAGCUCCAAAACAGCAGGAAAGAGAACUAAAAGUAAUCCCUGGUUUGAUUUUUCGAAAAGUGAAGAUAUGUAUGGAGAUAUUCACACUUUAAGCCAUAGGAGGAAAAUGUCAAUUGGAACUGAAACUCAGCUCUCAAUCGACGAUGAAAAUGACACUAUGGAUGAUGAUAAGGGAUUUAAAAAGGGCGUUUUUGAGGGUACAAUUAAAAACUUGAAACUGUGGUUGCAUGAGCAAGAAAACAAGGGGCUUACAAUUCUCGUAAUUGUAUUAAUAGGCUGCGUAAUUGGCAUGUUUUGGUACUUACAAGUCCAAGUGAGAGAAUUUCAACAGUUGUCCCAACAUAGUUCGAAAAGUAGCAAUACCAACUCUUCAACCAAAAAUGGUCUUGUGACAGCAGUAGCAGAAGAACUUCCUAAUGGACUUGUACAAGUUGGGAAAAUUACCUUUCAUCCCGAAGAAUUACUGGGCAAAGGUUGCGAAGGAACUUUCGUUUACAAGGGAGAAUUUGAUAAAAGACCAGUGGCUGUAAAACGAAUCCUUCCCGAGUGUUUCACUUUUGCAGACAGGGAGGUAACCUUAUUAAGAGAAAGUGACGCCCAUCCAAAUGUGGUGAGGUAUUUUUGCACGGAACAGGACCGUAUGUUUCGCUACAUUGCUCUAGAACUCUGCCAAGCAACAUUACAUGACUUCAUUCAAAAGAGAUGUCCACUAUUUGACCUCCUACCCUUAGAAAUAUUAAAACAGGCGACGGCAGGGCUUGCACACUUGCAUUCCCUUGACAUUGUUCACAGAGAUAUUAAACCCCAAAAUGUUCUGUUAUCAAUGCCAAAUGCACGUGGUGAAGUAAGAGUUAUGAUAUCUGAUUUUGGACUUUGCAAGAAACUUCAAAUGGGCAGGAUGUCAUUCUCAAGAAGAUCCGGAAUCACUGGCACAGAUGGUUGGAUAGCCCCUGAAAUACUUAAUGGCAACGAAAGGACUACGUGUGCAGUCGAUAUAUUUUCGUUGGGUUGUCUAUUUUACUACGUGCUGUCAGAUGGUGAGCAUCCAUUUGGCGACACUCUUCGUAGACAAGCCAAUAUAUUAGGAGGCGAUUGGAACCUCGAGUCCCUCAAAGACCACCGCUGGAAAGUCACACUUCAAAAGACGCUUAUAACCGCGAUGAUAUCUGAGAAGCCACAAGAAAGGCCACCGGCUAUUGCGGUCUUAAAUCAUCCAAUGUUUUGGAACGGUUCCACUAUUUUAAAUUUUCUCCAAGAUGUAAGUGAUCGAAUUGAAAAGGCUCAACCAGAUGAUGCAGUUGCUCAGUCCCUUGAAGUGGAUAAUGUGGCGGUUGUUAGAAACGAUUGGCGUCGUUACAUACACAAGGACAUUGCUGAAGACCUCCGAAAAUAUCGUUCUUACAAAGGCGACAGUAUCGCGGAUCUGCUUAGAGCUUUAAGGAAUAAGCGACAUCACUAUCGCGAACUGUCUCUGGAUGCCCAAAAGCAUCUGGGAAACAACCCUGAAGACUUCAUUAAUUACUGGCUGGCUCGUUUUCCUUUACUUCUGACACAUGUUUGGACCAGUAUGCAGUUGCACUCUGAUGAGCCCAACUUUCGGCAUUAUUACCACCCUUCCCACAAAUUUUCCAAACUGUCCAACUAUGAACGCUUUGAAGACGACUGUAUACCAGAAAUUGACGAAAGUGAGUUUCAAAGUUUCUUUACAACGAACCCGAAAAAAACAAAGCCAAAAAGAUACAAAAGUUACAAUAGAAAUUCUUUAAGAAAAUUAAUGGGGGUAGACGAUAAGGAGUCUGGUGCAGGCCUGUAUAGGAAUUACAGGAAAAAUAAUCCAUCUAGGGAAAAUAAUAAUUUAAAUUCGUUACCAGAAGAAAAUGUUGUUGGUAAUGAAAGUAAAAACAAAAAAUUAGUGGACGGUAUUUGGAGAAUAGGGAAGGUAGAAGAGUUUUCAUAAAUGGUGUUGUUUAAGGAUAUUGAUGGUGACUGAAAAGUACAAAUUCUGUGAUCUAGUAAACAUAUAUUUAGAUAAAUAAAACGGCCAGCUUAUUAACAG